AUGUCCCGACCUGAAAAGCUAAACUGCACCACUGCGGCUGAUGUCAUUGAAAUGACCCAUGUCUUCCGCUGGUUUGACGAGGAACCUUCGCUGUCGGUGGCCGUACUUACUGGAGCUGGCAAAAAGGCAUUUUCGACUGGCGCUGAUCUGAAGGAAUGGCAAAGAAAGGCAUCUGCUGCAGCUGGAAAGCCCGGCGCGGGCCCUGGCGAUGUCCCUGGGGCCAUCCCACUGUCCAACCGUCUUGGAAAGAAACCGGUGAUUGCUGCCGUCAACGGCAUGGCGUUGGGAGGUGGCUGCGAGACCGUCAUGAACUGCGACCUGGUGGUGGCAGCAGAUACGGCCGUGUUUGGCUUGGUCGAGGUGAAGCGAGGCGUGGCAGCGUACGCCGGUGUUCUUCCUCGGCUGAUCCGGACUGUAGGCUUGCAGAGAGCCAGCGAAAUGGCUUUGACAGGAAAUUACUUCUCUGCUCAGAAAGCCAUGGAGUGGGGUUUCGUCAACAAGGUGGUUCCGCAACACGAAGUCAUUGACGAGGCACUACAAUAUGCAAAGGUCAUUGCAGAGAACAGUCCUGAUUCGAUCAUCUGCACAAGAGCCGGCUUGAGGCAGGGGUGGGAGACUGCAAGUGUCGUGGAAGCGACUGCGAUAACUGGAAGAAAGGAAUGGGCAGAACUCCAAAAAGGGGAGAACAUUCAAGAGGGCUUGAAGGCGUUCAAGGAGAAAAGAGCACCUGUUUGGGUGCCAUCAAAAUUGUAG